AUGAAUAAUAAACAGGUUACCUAUAUUUACCCAAUAAUUGGUGGUGUUGAACAAAAUUCGAAUGAUAGACCAAAUAAAGUGGAGGCGGUUAACAAUUUUGAUGAUAAUUAUUCAUUAUUAAAAAUUGCCACUGACAAUAAUCGUAAUAAUCAGAAACCAGUGAAACAAAUUGAACAAUUAUUGUAUCAAGUCAUGAACGAAAAUUCUACUUUACGAGAGAAGAAUGAACAACUUCAAGAAGAAAUAAUUUGCCUGAAAGAAGAUUAUUCCAAGGUCGAUGAAUUGAUUGAAAUGAAAACAAAAUCAAGACUAUUGAACAAGAAUUGCAUAGACAAUUUAGUACAAUCAAUUAAAGCUGAACAAGAAGAGUUAUACCGUGAAAAAGAGAAUUUGGUCAUCACUAACAAACACUUUGAGCAAACUCUUCUCAUGAAAAUUGAAAAGGAAAGAAAAUUGUUGGAGGAUAAUCAGUUUCUAGAUAAACUUGUUCAAAAAUUAAACCGUUCAGAAGUUGGGCAUAUCCAAGCCGAUUUUCCAAAGUGUGGUAACUGUGAAUAUAUGAAGAACCAAUUGAAUGUCUAUAUCUAUAUGUAUGGCAAAUUAAGUGAACAAAAUCUCUGCGAUGUGCCAGAUAGGUGUAAUUCAGAUGAAGAUGCAAUGGAGGAGAGAAGAAAUAGCUCAUCGGCUAGAAGUAAAUUUGAAAGACAAGAUCAGUCUCCAAAUGAAGAAAAAGAAACCAAUGAAAAUUCGGUGAAAUCUCAAUCAGAUUAUUCAUCAUCUGGAUGUAUCAACACAAACGAGUACUGUACUACUGCUAAUAGAAGUAUAAAAACUGCUGACCAGCAUGGCAUUGAUAGUGUACGGAACAAUGAAGAUUAUGUCGCAUCAAACCGUACGAAUCACUCAGACAGUUCACAUGACAAUCAACAAGGUAGAUCUGAACAGGCUAUUGUUUCAAAAUGGUCAAAACUUAAGGAUGAGAAUAGAGAAUUAAAAAAUAAGAUACAAGAAAUGAAUUCUAUAUGGGAAGAAAAACAAAAGAAGCUAGAACAUCGUUGCCGAAUACUUUAUGCUCGAUUGAAAGUUGAAAAAUCUAAUCAUCGUUCAUCUCACCAUAAACCUUCCUCUUGGUUACGCUCAUCAAUGAAUAUACUUAUUCCUUCAAAACUGAUGUACAACAUGAGAAAAAUAUCAAGUAUAAAGCAGAAGAAUAUUUACACAAAAAACUCGUUGGAAAGAUGUAAUCAUGUUGCCAAAAGUGAAAAUGAUCCUACCGAUGACCAUCAUAAUAGUGAAACAAGUAUCAUACACUGUGAUCCAGUAAAAGAUGGUGAUUCAUAUGAAGUACGCAGAUUGAAUCUAUCUAAUGAUCUUAGAACAAGUGAACUGAAAUCAAGGAAACAUGCAAUUCAUUUCUUUAAAUUAGAAGAUAAAAUCUCACAGUUAUCUCAGGUUCAAUCUUCAUACACUUUGUUGAAUCAAAGAAAUAACUCGUUAAUACAGCAGUAUCAGGCAAUGCGAAGAGCAAAGCUGAAAGCUGAACAGUCAAAUAUAGAUUUGAAAAAUCUGGUCGAGUCGCUAAGCAACACUUUGCGUAGGAGUAAGAAACAAAAUCUUCUCUUCAAAAGCAUGAUUCAGAAUAUAAAAAUAUAUUUCUGUAAAUUAAAUGAAACUGUAAAGCAAUUUACUGAAGGAUCAGCUGGUCCAUUGGUUUCCGAUGAGUCUGAAAAAUGGGAGCUGUCGAAUGAUAUCAACUUCAAGCAAUUUAUGAAUGAAUUCUCUUAUCGGAUUGAUGUUCUAUUAAAAGAAAAAAUGAUUACCCAAGAAAAUGAAGGUAAACGUCGACGUCGAUGCAUCGAAGAAUUACGUGUUCAUCUUCAUGUUGUUCUUCAGGAACAAACAAAUCUUCGGAAUGAUUUGAUAACAAAAGAUAAAUUGGUUGAAAGCUUAAAAUUAAAUGUAAUCCACUCACAACAAACUAUUAUAAGUCAACGUACUCAACUCAAAACUCUACUUACUGAAAGAAGAAAAAUGUUAAACAAUUUCAAUCAUUUGAAACAAGCUCAUAAUCAUGUCAUACAAGAACUGAGUACAAUAAAAGAAAGUUUUUUCAAUUUAAAGUCUAGAAAUGAGGCAUUAAUGAAUAAGUCGACAACUAUAGUUAAACAAACGAAAACAUUCAAUCGUCUAUGUGCAAAUGAUAGGACUGAUCAUUUAGAAAAGCUAAUUAUCUUUCUGGCUGAUGAAUUGAGUAAGACUAUUAAAAUUGUAUAUCAGCUGUGCACAACGAUACCGACUGCUACUACUACUGGUCCUAUAACUAAACUAAUGAACAUUACCAGUACGCAUCAGGAGAACGAUGAAUACACCUUGCUCGACAACAAAUCAACUCAUCGAAUCAGUGAAGAUAGCUUACAGUCAGCUAAAAUAAAAGCUGCUGAAAUCUUGUGUUUAUCAUUGGAUGAUUUAGAGAAGCUGACUUUCUUAGAGAAGGAUGUUGCUCAUGCUGCAAAUGAUGAAGAUAAUGAUAAUGAUUGGGAUAAAACUAUGAAUAGGAAUGAUCUCUAUACAGUCAUCAGUUCAAAUAAACACUUCAAUGAAGGUGAAGACACUGUAAGAAGAUCAGAAGUUUCAUUCUUAGAAAAAUUAUCUCAUUGGCCUGCAUACUGUGAAAAGCUACUUAAAGAUUUUCCAUUUUCAAAGAAAGUGAAGGAGGAAUUUCUAAGAAGAUUUAAUGAUCUAGUGGAAAUAUUUACCACGUCUUUAAAUGCCAAAGGCACUAUGAAAGGAUAA